AUGGAGGAAGGGCCUCUGAAGCUUGAGCCGAAGCCCUUGCCUCCCUCUUUGAGGUAUGCAUUCUUAGGCAAGAAUAAUUCAUAUCCUGUGAUUAUUAGUUCCUUUUUGAGGCAUGAGGAGGAGGAGGCGCUAAUUGAGGUGCUCAAAAGUCAUAAAACGGCUCUUGGGUGGACCAUCGGUGAUUUAAAAGGAAUUAGUCCGGCUAAGUGCAUGCAUAAGAUCUUGCUUGAAGAUGAUACUAAACUAAUUGUGCAACCACAAAAGUGGCUAAAUCCAACUAUGAAAGAGGUGGUCCAAAAAGAAGUAAUGAAGCUUUGGGAAGCCGGGGUCAUUUACCCUAUUUCUGACAGCCCAUGGGUGAGGCCUGUGCAAGUGGUUCCCAAGAAAGGUGGAAUGAUAGUGAUUAAGAAUAAAAAUAAUGAGCUUAUUGCUACAAGAACAGUCACAGGGUUAGCCGGCCAUGCUUAUUACUAUUUUCUAGACGAAUACUUUGGCUACAAUCAAAUUGCUGUAGACCCUAAAGAUCAGGAGAAGACAUUGUUCACAUAUUCCUUUGGAGUAUUUGCUUACAGAAAGAUGCCGUUUGGACUCUGUAUUAUUCUUGGUUACCGGAUUUCAAGCAAAGGAAUAGAGGUUGACAAAGCUAAAGUGGAGAUUGCAAAAUCUUUGAACAACCUUUUAGUUGCUAACAUUCCUUUUAUCUUUGAUGAUGAUUGUUCGCAUGCCUUUGAAACUCUGAAAGCAAGGCUUGUCUCUGCUCCCAUCAUAGCUCCUCUCAACUGGGAUUUACCAUUUGAAUUGAUGUGUGAUGCCAGUGAUUAUGCUAUAGAAGCUGUCUUGGGACAGAGGUCCUAUUUAAUUGGUUCCAAGGUUAUUUUUUAUACUAACCAUGCUGCUCUUAAGUACCUUCUAACCAAGCAGGAAUCUAAACCAAGAUUGAUCAGGUGGGUGCUACUUCUUCAGGAGUUUGACAUUGAGAUUAGAGACAAGGAGGGAUUAGAGAAUCAAGUGGAUGACCACCUUUACAGGACUGAUCCUGAAGAAGGGACGCAACCUCCCACUGCUGUGACUGAAACCUUUCCGGAUGAGCAACUCUUCAUGAUUCAAAGGGAUCCGUGGUUUGCAAACAUUGCAAACUACAAGGCGAUGAGGUUCAUCCCCAAAGAGUACACUAAACAACAAGUUAAAAAGAUUUUAACCGAUGAUAAGUACUACUUGUUGGAAAUACUAUACCUUUUUAAGAGAUGCUCAGAUGAAAUUAUCCGGCAUUGUGUCUCAGAUGAGGAAACACAGCAAAUUCUCUGGUAUUUUCACGGUUCUGAGUACGGAAGUCACUUUAGUGGUGAAAGCACGGCUACAAAGGAAAAUGUCCCGGUAUCUGAAGUCGCUAUUCAGCAAACGCUUAGACUUUCACCAAUUCCAAAAGGGAAGGAUGCUUAUCAAGAAGUAGAGUUUCUCCGCAAGAUAUUCGCUUUUGAGUGGGAUGCCGUGAUUAAAGUCAUUGCACAAUCCGAAUACCGUUUCACACGACUAGCAUAUACGGUUGGAGUCCCACAUGAGGCUGAUGAUGAGAUAGCGAUAGUGCCUAAGGAAAAAGAAUUUGUCCUGCAUGAAAAAUGGAUCAAGCCUCAGGUUGCACCCAAGGACAAGGCCCCACCUUCAGAUGGCAUGGGACCAUCAAUUCCAUCAUCACCAUCUAAACCUAUGCAUCAAUUGUUGAUUAAGCUCACCAAGAAGAUAAAUCGGCAUGGUCGGAUGCUCGAGCAAAGUGAGUGUCGCAACAAGAGAUGCUAUGAAUAA